AUGUUGCUGCAGUACUUCCUCACGGUCGGCUUGGCUGCUACGGGUUCUUUGGUUGACGCUGCACCCACGAGCGCCUACACCAAGCGAGGUGUGGACUUUAACUGGGGUAGUACGAAAGUCCGUGGUGUCAACAUUGGUGGAUGGUUGGUCCUUGAACCCUUCAUCACGCCAUCCAUCUUCGAGAAGCACAGUACUGCCGAGUGGCCGGUGCCAGAUGAGUGGUCACUGUGCGAGAAGCUCGGGAAAGAUGGUUGUGCAGACGCACUGAAAUCCCACUGGGACAGCUUUGUCUCACUCGACGACUUCUGGAAGAUCAAGAACGCCGGCUUCAACAUGGUCCGCAUCCCCGUCGGGUACUGGUCGUACGUUAACCCCUGGGGUCCAUACACGCAAGGCGCGGCGCCCUAUCUCGACGCCGCCAUCGACUGGGCGCGACAAACCGGCCUCAGAGUCGUCAUCGACCUCCACGGCGCGCCAAAAUCGCAGAACGGCUUCGACCACAGCGGCCAUAAAUCCACCUACCCCGGCUGGGGCGACGCUGAUAGUCUCACCUACACCCACGCCGUCCUCAAAACAAUCGAGGAGAAGUACGCCGUCCCCGACAUGCAAGACGUUGUCGUCGCCAUCCAGUUCCUCAACGAGCCGUUUCUGGAGAAAUUGGACUGGGGAAUGGUCAAGCAGUUCUACCGCGACGCGUUCUUCAACCUGCGCGAGAUCAGCGACACACCUGCCAUGCUGCACGACGGAUUUAAAAGCCCCUCGUGGAUGAACAACUUCCUUACCCCGCAGGACGACGGCGCGCAGAACGUCGUUGUCGACCACCAUGAGUAUCAGAUCUUCGACUCCGGGCUCCUCGCCAUGUCGGUCGAUGAACACAUCAACCUCGCCUGCCAAUCUGCAGAGUACUACUCCACAUCCGACAAAUGGACCAUAGUGGGCGAAUGGAGCGGCGCCCUAACCGACUGCGCCCCGCACCUCAACGGCUUCGGCGCCGGCUCGCGCAUGGAAGGCACCCUCUCAGAUGACUCGUCAUACAUCGCGUCCUGCGCGGGCAAAGCGGGCCCCGUGUCAAAAUGGAGCCAGGACUGGAAGGACAGCGUUAGGAGGUAUAUUGAGGCGCAGCUCGAUGCGUUCGAGGCCAAGACGCAGGGGUAUAUGUUUUGGAACUUCAAGACUGAGGCGGGCGCGGGGGAGUGGGAUCUUUUCCAGUUGCUGGAUGGGGGCGUGUUUCCGCAGCCGCUUGGGGAGAGAAGGUUUGGGAGGGGGUGUGGGAAUUUUUGA